UGCACCCUCCUACUUCACAGCAACCCCGCCACAGAGGAAGGGAAAGAUCUCCGGUGCGUCGGUCACCGUGCUGUGAGUGACAGCCCAGCGCCGUGCUGACGUUCAGAGAUGUGAAGUCCCCUCCAGACCUCUGAGCUGGAAUGUGAUUGUCAAGAGGGAUCGGCGCCCGCAGUCCUAGGUCCCAGGGAGAGGCGCGCCCCCAGCACAGGACCUGGGCUUCCAGCCUUUAUCAUUAUUAUUAUUUUUUCUACACGCGUGUUGAAGGGAGAGGGAGGAAAGGAAGUUACAGAUCUGUUUGGAGGGGGAGCAAGCUCUCCUUUGUGAUAACCUUGACAAGAGGCAGGGAGAGAAUACAAUACUGGAGUCUCAUAUAACGGAAUCACAGCAAGAAGAGUUUUAAAAAAAGGAACGACGCAGUUAAGACGAAAGAUAAUCUAUUUUUCUGUAAAACAUGACAGCUUCUUCCGCUACCAGGGUCUUUGUGUUAUCUCUUGUGUCAAUCCCAGUGACCUACCUCUUUAAUCUGCUGUCCUCCAGCAGCAGCAGCCCAUGGACAAUCCUUAUCGUUGCAUUGUUGGUCUUGAUUUCGAUUGCAAUAAUAGCAAUUUUACUGGUUAAAAAAAAUCCUCCAAAGGAUCCUUUAUUCUACGUUUAUGCAGUGUUUGCAUUUACCAGUGUAGUGGAUCUUAUUAUCGGACUUGAGCAGGAUGGACUCAUUGAUGGAUUCAUGACCCUGUACCUGAAAGAGGGUGAACCUUACCUGAGCACUGGCCAUGGUCACAUGAUUUGCUACUGGGAUGGUUCCGCACACUACUUGAUGUAUCUCUUGAUGGUAGCAGCGAUUGCCUGGGAGCAGAGUUACAGAACGAUUGGCUUAUACUGGGUUGGAUCGAUUCUGAUGAGUACUGUUGUAUUCUUAUCUGGAAACCUUGUUGGAAAAUACGGUACAAAAGUUGGCCCCGCCAGUUUCCUGAUUAUUCCUUACCUUCUUCUUCCAAUGUGGGCUGUUCUCCAGAUUUAUAACCAGCCUUUACAGAAUGAGUCUGCACCUAAGGCAAUUGAAAUUGUCCAAAAGAAGAAUCUGAUACAGAGACCACUUGACCUGGUGUUGGCCAUCUCCCUCAUAUUUAUCGCAUCCUUCAGUAUCUUCAGAGGAUUGGUGGCUUUAGAUUGCCCUGCCAAGGUGUGCCGACAAUAUCUGCAGCAACAAGAGCCGUACCUGAGAGAUCCUGCAGCCUAUCCAAAGAUACAGAUGCUGGUGUACAUGUUUUACUCUGUCCCUUUCUGCAUUGGAACCCUGUAUGGUCUUUUGGUUCCUGGAUGUUCCUGGCUUCCUGACUUGGCUUUACUUCAUGCUGGAGGCCUUGCACAGGCACAGUUUUCACACAUUGGAGCAUCCCUUCAUUCCAGGACUCCUUAUACAUACAGAGUACCAGAGGACACCCACCUGGCCUUUCUAAUAAUAAAUGGACUCUAUGGUAUUCUGCCACAGAUACUUGCCUACAGAUGUAUCAAUAGCCCAGAGUUUUUCCUAAAAAGGAAAGAAGACCCAAAGACCAAGUAGACCCUGAUUGUAUUAAAUGUUUUAUUUUUCUGCCCAAAUAUGCAUAAUUUGUUAAUUAAAUAGGUAGGCAGGUUUAAUAUUAGAGAAAAUUUAUUAGUAGAAAAUUGUAUUGGUGCCUUGUAAAUGAAGUUCAUUUUCUAUUUUGGUAUUAAUACUGUUUUAUUCUCCCAAGUGUACUGUUGUGUAAAGUUAAUAGAUCUGUGUAUUUAAGAGCAAUUGUAAUGUAAGUGCCAAACACAAUGCACUUAAUAUGCUUUCGCCAAUGAUUUCGGCAAUGAAAUCCACAUCAAUUAUGUCAGUUUCGAUGCUUAUCCUGUGCAGUGCAAUAAGUUGCUAAGUUUCAGUUCUGUGCAAUAAGAACCAAGGGGGGAUGUGAAUAUCCGUGCAGCUGGUUGGUAUAGGUUGGAUUGCACCUUCUGAAAAUUUGGCAGCAACAGAAUUAAUAGUAACUUUUAAUAGGGAGUUGCAGAGAGGCUUGAAAGAACUGCAGAACAAUGCUGAAGAAGCAGGACUUCCACAGAGCUACCACAGGUACAAUGGCUGAAUGGUCUCAGUCUUUCUGCAAGAUGCCCUAAAAACAGUGACGAUAUUGAUAUUAGAAUAGAAUCUCAUUACUGAUUACAACAUAUCAAAUGCUCUGAUUGCAUUUGAACUAUAUAUAUCCUGUAGUUCAUGCAGCAAUGUCAAAAUGACUGUUUACAAAAGAUGACAUGUGAAUAAGAAUACAAUAUGAAGCAAGAAUCUA